AGAACAAGAGAUACACUUUCCUGAAGUCACACACGUACAAUUCGACUUUGUAUACUGCGUCGUUGCGUCGAUUGUUCAAAAAGGUAAACGGUGAACAAUAAUCUAAAGAACUUGUGCCUUACAAAGACAGGUUUUGGGGACGUAUUUUGAAAAAACUGUAAGUAUUACAUCGGCCGCAUAGGGUUUGCUGUAAGUGGAAAGAUUUUCACCGUUUUCUGUGCCGCCAGCUCUCCCAUCUCCAAGUUGAGAUCUUGCCUGCAGGAUAUCAAACAACGAAAUUUUUAAACCUGAUAUAUUCAUUAGACUUGUUUUGCGGAUCUGUUCUCCUUUGCGGUCAGGAAGACAAUACUUAACUUGCACGUACUCUGUUUUUUCAGUGUCCGCGGGAUCUCUGUCACUUCCUGUCUGGUUGAAUAUUCGAUCAUGGAUAACGCAGUCAACGAAGGCUAGCAAGCGUUUAGGAUUUUUCCACUGUUAGUUAGUCAUCUUCCAUCUCUCGCGUUAAAUAUCAAAGAACAUUGAGAGCCCCCUAGCGUAUUUUAAAUGGUCUGAUCACCAUGAUUCCGGAUUUCUUCUGUCGUGGGUGGAAUGCCGUUCGAGUUAGAUUCUGGAGUAUUGGUUACAAGAAACGCAUCGUACUUCAAGGCGGUAUUGUCAUUUGCAUCGCGCUGGCGUUAUUUUUGGUUUGGACUUCACUAUUCGCGGAUUUAGCCGACCUGGACAUAACACAAAAACUGGAGGGAAAUGGUAGCACAAUUUGGGAUAAAUGGGUUGAGGAGAAAGGUCUAAAAUCCAUCGGAGAUAUCUGGGAUGGCUGUGGUGAGCAUUUUAAUAUAAUUUCAUACCCCUUUGACCUUGUAGAAUUAUCGCGAAAGGACACACAGAAAAAAUAUUGGAAAUCCCCGCUUGAGAAGAAAGAAAAUUAAAAGUUGCUGAUUCUAGUGCAGCAGGGAAACUAUUUAGUUUCAUUUGAAUGAUCACCGUUUAGGAUUUUUUAUCUAUGCUAUUGUAGGUUAUAUAAUCCGUUUCAUCCAAACACUUCCCGAUUAAUUAACUGUUGAAAUUUUGUUAAUUCGGAGAAAAAAAACACAGAUUUUGGUCUUUUCUAAGAGUCGAAAGGUUUUUAAAGAAACCUUUUGGCUGGGAGACUAUACAAUUAAAUAUUAGAUGUAAAAAUGUUUACGGUCACAGCAUGUGAGUGUUCUUCCUUUCAUCAUUGUUUCAUUUUUUUGCUCGACAAGAACAAAAAAUUAAGAACUCGAGGAAAAAGAAAUGUCUGUAUUAAAUGCAGCUAUUAGUAGGGCCUUACCUGUUUAUUGAUUAAUAUUCUUCGCAGAUCUCAGAAGUUUCAUUUUUAUGGUUUUCAACUCUAGACUCGACUCGCGGUGGAAUUUAUUAUAAAAUAAAACACCCGUGACAUGAACAACCUUUGCCCUUCAAAACUUUAGGUUGAGUGUUGGCGCGAAAAGUAUCACCCGGUGCAUUUCCCGUAGACACGCGAUUUGUUUUAAUUGAAAAAUCCAUUGAACAGGUUAUACCUUUGGUUAUCUCUAUGUUCUUGUUUAAGUGCUAGAAACUUGUGAUUUCUUCCCUGAAGAAUAAUUUCCUGUUUUGCUGUCAACUGUACAAAAAGGUCAAUGUCAGAUUAUGGGUGGUUAAAAUUUAAUAAUAAUAAUGAUGAAGAAAAAACAGCAUGCAUUCUACCGAACAAACUUAGAUAGAGUUUCGUCACGCAAUCGUCAGUCUCCUCCAGAUACAACCAUUAGCACAGCUCAUGUAAUCAGUGGUGGAUCCACGGGAGGGCCUGAGCCCCCCUUAAUUUCAGACGAAACUGAGGCCCGAACGGCUCUGAAAAAAUUUUUAUGACCGGGCUCCCCCCACCCUCCUUAUCUUAGGGUCUGGAUGACCGGGCCCCCCUAUCUGAAGGUCUAGAUCCGCCGCUGUAGGUUGAGCUCAUUUUAAAUUAAAGAGGCAGUAGAGCGCUUUUUUUUUUUCAUGAAAAAAGCCAUGAUGAUUGUCAGGAGCGGCUCCCGUGAUUGUCAGGAGCCGUGAUUGUAUAAAACUUGAAGGAUUCUUCCUAGCGUGGGUAGACUGCAAAACAGUCAGCGUGAACAGUCAAACUAAAGGUCUUGAGCGAGGCUGAAAAUGGGCAGACACUUUUUUCUCCCGCUUCAAUGGGCGUGUGAGGCUCGAACGCUUCGCGAGCGUGAGACUCUUAGGCUACUCUUACGCUGCCUAAUAGCUGAUGUUAAGAAAAAAAAAUAACGACUGUUUUGCAGCACAGCCAAAGACGUGAUGCGUAAGCUCUCUUUUGUAAAAGUUGUAAUGUAUUGAGACGUGUUGACAAUAUUUAAACUAAUUAAAUUUAAACUAGUUUACUUUGACUUGCAGAUCCCAGUAAACCAAGAAAAAAGAUAGGAAAAGUGGUGAUUCAUUAUGACUCAAAACUGAAGCGUGUAAUCGCGACAGCCGUAUCAAAUUUUACUGCAAGUAAGUAGUUAGCCUGUGCCAGGCUCUCAGAUAGUAUAGUUGGGAAGUUUUUGAAACGAGCAGAGCGAAAAUUAGACGCGCGAGAUCUGGGAAAGGGGGCGGCAGCGGGUUUUUGGCAUGUCUUUUCACUGAACGACUUCACCACCAUCUUGGAGCAUGGUACGUUUGCUCGUUUCAAAUACGUCAUGAAUACGUCCCCACAAUUCUAUCUGAGAGCCUGGCUCAGGCUAGUAAGUCGAGUUCAUCCCCUUCCAAUUUCUUUACCCCUUUUUAAUCCAUUAUUCAAUUAGCGUGUGUGCAGACGUCUCCUAAUGAUAUAUUUUGUUGCACGCAGAAUUUGGGCUUGCGGGGAUUCGAACCCGACCUCUGUGACACUGGUGCAGCGCUCGAUAACCAAUUGAACCAGCAAGCCAGCCGGGAGCUGGUCAUUAACUUGGCUCCCAGUUUGCUUGCUAGCAUAGGUUGUGCAGUCAAACUCCGCUUUAAGGACACCCGCUUAGUACGGACACCUCAUUUUUACGGACAGUUUUCCUUGUCCCUGGUGAAAGUAAGCCCUCACAUUUUCUUUAAAUUCAACCCGAUUAAUACAGUCACCCCGAUAAUACGGACACUUUCUAUGGCCCCCUUCGGAGUCUGUAUUAACGGGCUUUGACUGUAGGAAAGCGCUGCACCGCUGCAUCACAGAGUGCAGGGGUCGAAUCCCCCAAAGCCCUUUUGCUUUCAAGCUUUCUUGUCGCAAUUGACGUUGUGUCUUUAACUGAGACGAUCUUAUUUGCAAUUGCAUUCAUGAACUUUUUUUUAUAAUUUCUCACAGAAUUUUCACUUCAUGGAGGAGCAGUGCAUAUAUUGGCCAAGUUCAGAGGCCAUACUCUGUAUGAUGUUGAACACGACAUAUGUAAAUUGAAUGCAGACACAUUUUCUUGUCCCAUGCACAAAGGUAGAUUUACUGUCUUGCCCUCAGUAAUCCUUUUUGAUCAACAGUAGAGACUCAUAUUAAGUAAGUAGAAUGUGAUCGUCCGUGUGAGUGAGUGACUAGAAUUUGAUCUUCCGUGUGAAUAAGUGACAACCCCCAGAUAGAAAGAUAGCAAGCCAUCAACAGUGGACGUCCAUCACGCCUGUUUGUGCAAAACUCUUGUUUACCAUUCACAUGGACAAACUGGUCGGUUCACGGUUUGGUUAAAUGGUGCGCAAAAUUCAGGACUGGUAAAUUUCGUCCCGGAAUCGCGUUUGCCUUUUUACCUCCAGGCGAAUUUAGCUGUAACCAUUUGCAUAAAUCAGUUCCAUUUACCGAAAAACAUCCGCCGACCGCGAAAGCCUGAAAAUGGUAUUAAAAAUGGCUUUGAAGAAAUGGAACAGGAAUUUCCGUUUGGAACAUUUCAAACGGGAAAAAAGGACUAGUCUACCUUUUUAGACGUUCCGUUGCUCCUGGAAAUUUUUCCACUGUAACGACCUGAAAAGUCGUGCUACAUUUACUUUAUAACUGGAUUUUCUGGAAACUGUAUGUAAAUGAUAAACGACCAACUUUUUGUCGUCUUUGCACGACUAGGACGUGAAACUAAACGCGACAAUGUUUAAAAAAAUAAAAUGAAUUCAAUUAUACUAUUCAAUGACUUUUUCUAUAACGUCGCCGUCGUUGUUGCUGAUAAAAAGCUUCCUACUAUCUUUCUAAAUAUUCCGUUUUGGUCAGGAGGGAAACUUUCUGAAACUUUCAUCCCUCGCUCUCGCAACCCCAUCGAUCAAAGAAGUCGACUUGUGUUCAAGUCCAUUUGUGACGUAUAUGCGUAUUUUAGCUGCUUAACCGACCUUACCCAGGUAUAACAAAAAGCGUCAGUGUAAAAUACCUCGAGAAUGGCAAAUGCUAUCUCUAUAAAAUAUUCGUUUUAUGGCGAGGUCCUUCCUAUAGAUUCGUAAGGAGGUCUCCGGCGUAAUUUUUUUUUUUUUUUUUUAAAAUAAGACAUCACUGUAACUAGAUGUUGAGAGUUGACAGUUUUAGCAGUGUAUAAUAGAGGUAUCUCACGAUCAAUGGUCUUUUUUUAUUAUUUCAGGUCAAAAGGUGUACGUACAUGAAGCAAUCAAACUUCCAAAAAUGAUUCCAAGGGUAACAAAACAAUUAUUUCAUAGUAUAAGGCCAAUUUAAAGUUCAUUUUAGACUGUGAAAUGCAAAGGAAACGCAGUUUAUACAGCAGAAAAAUGUAACCAAACAAAAACAGAUAUAUAUUUGGCCAUCCAUUCUUCUUUGUUAUUUAUUUUUCUAUUGAGUCGCUAACCUGAGAAAAAAGCCGACACGACACCACUGCUUUCCCCGCGAAAUGACGUUUAAGGAACGAUUGCAGAAGUUCCAUCCUGAUGAGGUGUCACUAUCCAGGUCUGGGAAUUGCUUCUGAUUGGGUUGCAAAUGCUUCAACCAAGAAGCACUACCCAGAUCUAGCACGUACGUCAUCAGUGUGGAAUUUCUGCGCUUUUACCUUAGGCCCCUUAGGUCCACGCUUUCCCGGAUAUUUUUGAAUCCGCAACUUUUUCUUUCCAGAUACUAAAAUCUCCGCGGCCACCCAUAUCCGGAUAUUUUUGAAUCCGCAAAUUUUCCUUUGCUCAAACUGUCUUAAAUAUUCACGGUAAAGAACUGGGCUCUAUCUUAUGACGUCAGUAGAUACAAAAAAUAUCCGGAUUUAGCGUCCAUACAUUCCCGGAUACAUAGCGCGGAUUCAGAAAUUUCUUCCACUCUGGAGAGGGAUUUAAAAAGUUGCGGAUCGAUUCGUCCGCCGGAUACACCGGAUACGUGUGGACGGUAACCGUAUCCGGAAAGAAAAAGUUGCGUAUUCAAAAAUAUCCGGAAUAGACGAGAAGGAAACUGGACCGAGUUAACUUUCGCAAAGACUACUGGGACGGUUACCAGGGACAGGGGAAAAACAUCGGCCAAUAGCUGACCGGCGCGCCACCAGUGACCAUCCCAGAAAUAAUUGCGGGCCGCAUCUCGGUUCCAGUUCCCUGUUUGUUUUUAAAGUGGCGAGUUUCGAGGGGAAACCAGUGAUGGCUUCACUAAAUUUCGGCCGUUUUCUCAGGCCCGUCAGGCGUUAAACUAAUGGAUGAUUACUUCCUGCAGUUUUUUCAUGUUGGUACAUUUCUAAAAUGGAAUAUUUCCUCAAAGGCUAUAAAGUCGUUUUAAAAAUACAGGAUUGUUCUUUCCUUUUAGGGCGAAUACUAUGCUUCUGCCAAGCUGUUAAAUGAGAAAGAGGAAUGCCUUGGAAUGACAGAAUCCGACAUCAUACUAUAAUAAGAGUUAAUGACAAUAUCAUAUUAAUAUUAAUUUAAUAUUAGAUUUGUAUUCCAAAAGGUACAUUCCUUGGAUAUAACUUAAAGCUUUUUUUUAAUGCAAUUCAAGUACGUUUAUCUAAUAGAGCGUUUUCAUCUGACGUCACGGCGGCAAUAUUGGUGUUCCAAACCAAUCCUGUGGGAGUUGAACUCUUUUCUUAUGUAACUUUCUUUUGUUGCAAUAAAUUUGCAAAAAUCCUGGCCAAGUGAGUGAUAACGCUCUUCUCUAUAGAGAGAAGUGUGACGUCACGUUACCAUGGUAGCAAAACGGCAGAAAAGCAAUGGUUUUAGAUUAGCAAAACAACGACUUUGCUCGUACAUCACGCCUUUUUGUACAUUUCAUUGCCCUCUUUAUGGAGUAAGUGAACACAACACAAAAAUUUUCUUUUUCUUAACUUAGGUACGGUCCUUUCUGUUUCAACUCCAGAAAAUUUCGCUAACAUUUGACAAAUUCAAUCAAAUUGAGUAAGGUCCAUGAAGAUAAUAUUGGUGUUCCUGGACAAUGAAACGGCGGCCAUAUUGGGGUCCCUGUGGGCCUUUUUCUUACUUGCGUAGCUGCUGGCAACGUUAGUGAAAACGCUCUAAAGUAAGAGGCUUACCUAGCCUGUUCUAGGAUGUUAAGAUAGAAGGAAGGGCAAGAAGAGGUGAGUCAGGGUCGGCCAGAGGGUAAUGGUAUACCAAUAUUCCUUCUAGAAAUUGGCCUAAAUACUUAUUGCCAAAUGUUAUUUCUUUUAAUAAUAUACCUUAAGCUGAAAGAAGGCUGACAUAUUCCAUACGUAGAAUUAUUAAUAAUUUCAACCAAAGGAAAACAUACACUUCGUGAAAAGAGAACCCUGUAUACAAUAUAACCAAACACAAUGGCUGACCUCAGGCAAGUAAAAUACAGUUAGGGAACUGAAGACUGCCUUAGGUUGUUUGCUACCAUGGAGCUUUAAGACAUUACUCAUAGAAAUUAUUGUGGUAGCCUGUUCCAGGCUCUCAGUUAGUAGAGAUGACGCGUAAUUAAAAGGCACGUGAAAAAACGUUAAAACAUGAAAACGUGAUCUGGGAAAAGGGGGUGCCGCCUUUCCUCUCCCCAGUUUCUUCCCGUCAUAUUUUCGUGUUCGCACGCACCCGACUUUCUCGGAGCCUGGAACAGGCUAACAUUGUAGGCUCUUGUAAUUGUGUGUAGUUUGGGUGAGCAGCCGGCAACAUAUUGACUAUUUUGCGAAUCCCUUAUAAUACACUCUCUUUGCCCCCCAUGUUUUGCAUAAGUUAUUGUCUUCAAAUGCUCUUGGGAAAAUUCAGUUCUCCUAGGAGUAUUUGAAAAACA